CCACGAUGAAGCACCACUUCGUGCCGCUAGAGUGAGCAGUCCCCUCAAUCUGCUGUCCGGUGAGGACUGGAGGCGGAAUGCACGAUUCGGGAUGCCAACAAAGCAUCAUAUCAUUCAUCUCAGCAGCAACUGAAUGAGAUCUUUGCUCGUCCUUUCGGCUCUGACGUCCGCAUCAGUCACCAUUCACACGGGUAAAGAUCUGCUAAGAUGGACAACAGCUGCAGGCCAUGAGGAUUCUCAUCUCGUGCACCCACUGACUUCAGGUCACUUCGCCUGCUAUCUGCAUCCUUCUCCAUCGCCGCUUCAGGAGAUCAACGCAUUCGGCCAAAUGGGCGUCAUGGUCAAGCGCGACGACCUGCUGCACCUCCAUCCCAGCGACAUCAACGGCAACAAAGCCAGAAAGUUCCUCGCCCUGCACAGACGGCUUUUUGACAGCGACUCAUCGACCUCUGCCCCUCGGGUGAUUGUCAGCCACGGCGGCGUUCAGAGCAACGCGUUGAGGGCACUGAGUGCUCUGGUCCGGACGUACAAUGAGAGGGGUGGCUCCUGCCGGCUGUUGUACUACUGCAAGAAGAUACCUUCGUGGCUGCGGGAGCGGCCUGUUGGGACCUUUGCUGCGGCGCUGGAACAGGGCGUGGAGUUUCGGCCUCUUGCGAAUGCCGAAUACGCCAAGUAGGCGAUGAGAGCCGUCUGGUGGCUAGGUGCUAUCAAACGCAUCCAUGCGUGUGUGUGUGUGUUUGUGUGUGUGUUGUCUGUCUGCGUGCAGGCAUUUUGGUGGAGAUGCCGGCUCGCCAUCAUUGCCCCAGACUCUCAUGCCGCAGGAGGAAGAUGUUCUGUUCAUUCCGCAGGUACCUCACGCCCACACACCCGCCACCCCUGUGUGUGUAUGUCUGUGUCCAGGGGGGCGCCUGUGGCUCAGCUGAGGAAGGCGUGGCCCUCCUCGCCGAGGAGCUUCUGACACAGCUGCCUUCAUUAUUACCACCAGCAGCAGCAGCGACGAUCGUGUUGCCUGGUGGCACUGGGUCGACCGCUCUGUUCCUCGCCCGCCACAUGCAGCGCAGGAAAGAUGUGGAGGUGGUGGUGGUGCCUGUGGUGGGCGACUGGGCCUACAUGGCCAGGCAGAUGAGCCGACUCGAUCACCUCACCGGGGGUACGCAUACAGCCAUGGACGCCUCUCUCUCUCUCUGCAAUGAUCGUUGCUUCAUUGUAGGUCAUGGCGUCUUCCCCUCCAUAGCAGUGCCGUCCACCCCGCCGUCCGUCUUCGGAGAGCCCACCCAGGGCAACUUCCAGCUGUGGCGAGAGCUGGUCUCCUCGACGGGCAUCGACUUCGACCUGAUGUACAGCGUGCCGAUGUGGGGGGUGCUGAGGGAGGCCUGGGAGGGGGCGAGGGGAAGUGUCAUGUGUUGGGAUGGGGGGGCCGGUGAGUGGGCGGGGAGACGGUGGCCGAUUGGCGGUGGGGCCGAGAGGGAGGAGAGGAUGUGUGUUGUGUUGCAUUGCGGAGGGGCCGAGGGGAAUGUGAGCUGGCUUGCGAGAGCGAGAUACAAGGGCCUUGCUGUAGAUGUGUAGUAUAGAUCAGAUCGGUUGUCGAUAGGUCUGCCUAUUUGUGUGAAUGUGUGUGGAUGGAUUCAGUCCCCC